CCUAUGUACUUUCCAAAACUCAUCAAUUUUUAACUUGGACAUCAGAGCAUCUUCCUUCUCUUUCUUCUCUUGGAUCCCAAGCAAAAAUUUGACAAUCCAUACCUGAUACGUGGUAAAUCGAAAACAAUCAAUAUGACGACUUCGGUUGGGAUUACGGCCCAGGGACUUGCGCCUCUCUUGCCGGUUACGGGUAGCUUUGCUCUGCCAUUCUCGGCGUACUUUACUUUCCUGAGCCUCCGGGUUGUAUAUCACCGUCUCAAGGACCAAUGUUAUAUCGGAGACAAUUCGUCUAAGAAUAACGACCUGAACAACAAAUUGUACUUGGCUAGCCGCUGCCACCAAAACUUCACCGAGAACGUACCGAUAGCUCUUAUCAUCGCAGCAUUUGCCGAGCUCAACGGCGCAAACCAGAAAACACUCAGCAACGCCCUUACCGCCCUCUUGACCUUUCGGGUUCUUCAUGCGGAGCUGGGUCUCAUCAAUGGAUUAGGCUUGGGUCGGCCCAUCGGAUAUUGGGGCAGCAUGGCUACGACUCUGUGGUUGGGUGGCUAUACUGCGUAUUUGGUGAAAGGAUACUGGGGCUUCUGAGGGGCUGACUCUUAGAGGAACAUUCAUGAGGUCCUGGCAUAUGCACAAAGUACCUAUAAUAAGGUAUACAAAUAUGUAUAUUCACUGCUUUUAUUCUAUUAUAGAUGAGGUAUGUAUAUGUACCUAAUAAAUAUAAAACAGAUUCACGAGCGAU